CUUAGUGAGCAUGGCCGCGUCGGGCGGAGUGGGGUGUAAACACAGCGCGCGUCUUCACUGUAACUCACUUCACCCUCACACUCAGCUGUUCUCGGGUGGGUUCCCCGUGCAGGGUGGUCCUAAGAUGUUUAUCUCUGAUCCGCAGGUUGAGCCGAAAGGCGCGGCGGCUGUCGGGCGGCGGCGUUUGGACGGAGAGCGGCGCGGCCGAGACGCUGACGGCCUGGACGAUGGCAAGCGAUGCCGAGGAGAGCUCCACCUCAGAGCUGGCGGAUCUGGAGGUGGGAGUGAGGUCCACGUCCCAUGAGGAUAAACCUGUUUGCCAUUACGAGGCGAUGGACCUGAAAGAGGAGGAUGGACAUGGAUCUGAGGCGCCGAGUCUGGAGAAGGCUGAUGUAGAUGUGCAGGACCAGGGCUCCAGAUGCGAGGUUGCAGUUCUGCAGAUGGAGGUGGAGCGGCUGCAGCGGGAGCUGCUGGAGUGUCAGAGUGAACUGCAGAGAGUGCAGAAGCAGCUCAGCCAGAGCGAGAGGCUUCAGAAGAGCACGGAGAGCUUCAACCAGGACCUCAGACAGCAGGUUGAGAAGCUGAGUGUGGAGCUUCAUGAACGGAAGAAGAAAGAGAAGAGCCGGACAGAAGCAGAGACUCAGACUGAGGAGUACACCUGGACUGAGACAGAUUAUUACAAUUACUACUACGGGGGCUACUGUCAGGCUGCUGCAGAGGGAACAGCAGAAACAGAGCAAAGCGUCUCCACGGAAACGCAGGAAACCUCCGAAUUCGCAGAGACGUAUCCCAUGGCAACAGAGACGGCGGCAGCGAGUGCACAGCCGUCCGAGGAAGCGAGCAGUGCAGCACAGCCGGAGGCAACGGAGCAGGUGGGUGGCGAUGGCGGUUCCUCCAUAGCCGACAUGCUGAGAGCCACGGCAGAGGAAGCUCUGACUCAGACAGGCUUUGUGUUCGAUGAGAAUUCAGGCAUGUACUACGACCACGCCACGGGCUUCUACUACGACUCAAGCAGCCAGCUGUAUUACGACGCCAAUACAGGCAUGUACUACUACUACGACCAGGAGAGCGGAAAGUACCAGUUCCACUCCAGAAUCGAGCUGCCGGCAGCUCAGCCUGCCGAUCAACCUGUUCAGACCAGCAACAGCCAGGAGAAGAUCAGCAAGAAGAGAAACAAGAAGACCUCAGAGAAACCAGCCCACCUGGAUAACAGGGACCACGGCAGUGUUGGGGAGGGGCCUGAGCCCGUUAAGUGUCGAGACGAGGAAAAGAGGGAUGGAGCACGGAAAAAAGAGCGACGCUCUCGCUCGCGGAGCAGGAAGCGCUCGUCUCAUUCGGAUGGGUCUGGUCGCCAUGGAAACAGAAGGCGGCGACGUAACGGGUCGCAUUCCGACGACGGACGCAGCAGGAAGAAGAAGAAGAAAAGGAAAAAGGACCGGAGGAGGAGGAGGAGACCUCGCAGGGACAGGACGUCAUGCUCCGAUGACACAAGCGAUGAGAGCGAGCCGGAGGAAGGAGAGAUCACGGGGUCGGAAGGAGAGAAAGAGCCUUCGUCACCGUCAUCAUCCUCUCCGUCGGCUUCCCAGCUGGCCUCUCCGGCUCCAGACUGCGCGGAGAACGAGACACAGGAAGAAGUGUGGCCUCCAUGCGUGAGGGUGACGGUGGUUCGCUCUCCCGUCCUUCAGCCUGGAACCCUCUUCAUCCUCACAGCUGAUGCUGUCGCAACUAUCGGCCGAGAGAAGGACCUGAACCACGCCAUCCGGAUCCCGGAGAUGGGAGUGAGUAAGUCACAUGUGGAGGUGUAUUAUGAUCAAGGUCAGCAGUGUUACAUGCUGGUGGACCAGGGCAGUCAGAACGGCACGGUCGUCAACGGCAACAGGAUACUACAGCCUAAGGUGCGGUGUGAUCCUCACCCUUUGGCCCACGGUGAUGAGGUGAAGCUGGGGGAGACCGUUUUAUCCUUCCACAUUCACACAGGCACCGACACCUGCGACGGCUGUGAACCAGGACAGGUCAGGGCUCACCUUAGCCGACGCCGCCAGGAGGAGAGCACAGUGUGUUUGCUCAGUAAGGAGGAUAAAGAGCUGCAGAGACAGAAGGAGCUCAAACAGAUGAAGAUCAAAUACGGCCUUGAAAGCAGUGAAUAUGAGGACAGCUGUGUGUUGAAGAACAGUAAGUACAAGGACCGAGCAGAGACCAGGCGACAGGCGGUGGGCAGUGAGGGAACCUUCUACCGAGAUGACGCCCCGGCGUCCGUGCAUGUGGAAAUCAAUGAGGAGAAUAAAGGACGGCAGAUGUUGGAGAGAAUGGGCUGGAAGAGCGGAGAGGGACUGGGCAAAGACGGAGCCGGCAUCACAGAACCAAUUGGGGUGCAGGUGCGGCCGGUUCAGUCCGGUCUGGGCUCCAUCGGCGGUCUUUCGGUGGAGGAGGUGUCCGUAGGCCGGAGCAGGAACCAGCAGAACUGGGAGCGGGCGAGAGAGCGUUUCUCACAGGAAGUCGCUCAAUCCAACAAGACGCCGCAAGCCUGGGUCAAAGGGCAGCCUGCCGAGUGACUGUGGUGUGGGCUUUGAGGUCGCAGGUCAGGCCGGCGAGAGGGAAGGGAUUCCUGGACUCACAGAAGGACCCGCCCUCAGAGCGCGGCCGUGCCGAGGAGCUUGUUCAGGAGAGGCUGAGAUCUGUGUGAUGGAGCUGAGGGUUGCGCUCCCUGCAGGGUGCCGCUCAUUUUCAAUAUUCCCCUAAUAAACUGCAGCCAGCGGACAGGAGCGUGUAGACCACGUCUCGGAGACGUGCCCACCCAGACGCGGCCGCAGGCGCUCCGCCCGGCCGGUGGACUCAGCCGGAGCUGCUCGUUCAGUGAAGCCGAUUACAGUAAAUGGGGAGUCUGCUGAAGGAGCAGCAGCCGAGUCUGCUUUCUUAUCGGCUCCCAGCACAUCAGUAACUUCACGGAUACGCGUUUGUUGCUUGUUCACACUAUUAAAGGGCUCAUAUUUGGGAAAAUCACCCCUUCAGAGUGGAUGGAGUGUUUAAAUAUUCAUUAAAGUUGGAAAGUCUUUCAUUUUA